AUGGCUUUUCGUACCCUUUCGCGCAUCCAUUUCUCCGCAGCACUGCUCGCAGUUCGGGGAGGCGCGCAAUCUUCCAUGUCUCAAGAACAGGGGCACCAAGGAGUGUAUCCUAGUCGCAGCGACCUCCUUGGACAGCGAGUUCUGGGCUUCGCGGCGACGCAAUUCACUACGUGUGCCGCUGGGUCAACAUGGGUUGUCAGUGCUGCGAAAGAGGCGCAAAAUGCCGGCGUUGAUCAGGGGGUAGAGGCGUCAUCGCGAAGGUCGAGCCUUAUCAGACAAACGCACCUGCGGCUCGACGAAGAAGGCGAAGCCUUCGCCUCCGCAAGCGAUGAGAACGAGUCGGCUGUAGCCACCAGUGCAUUCGGCAGUUCAAAGCACGGAAACCCACUUCUACGAAGGCUUCCAAUAAAUACAGUUUCCUGUGAAAUCGAGGACAGGGUGGGGGCCCUUUGCAACCUUAUCGGAAUCUUCGCGGCGCACAAUCUGAACAUCACUCAACUCAAGAGCACCCCCAAUCCCCUGGACCUGCGAAAAAUGACUUUUUCAAUAAGCUUCGAGGGAGACUGGGAAACUGAGAAAGUCAAGCAGCUGGUAGAUAAGCUAAAGUCCAUUUGUGUGGCCUUUGCUCGAGGAGCGCCGAAAGACGUCCCCUGGUUCCCUCGAUCUGUUGAGGACCUCGAUGGGCUUGCUUCUCACACUCUCGAGGCUUCUAAAGACCUGGAAGCAGACCAUCCGGGCUUCCACGACGCCGUCUAUCGCAAACGACGUCAGGAGAUCGCCGCCCUCGCGCAGAAUCAUCGAAGCGGACAGCCCAUUGGACUUGUUGACUACACUCCAGAAGAGGUCGCGACCUGGAAUCACGUGUGGGGGAUUCUGACAGAGCUGUACCCCACUCGAGCCUGCCGCGAAUACAACGAAGUCCUCGCAGAACUGAGAGAUGCUGGGCUCUACGGCCCAGACAGAGUCCCGCAGGUGGCUGAAGUUAAUGAAUACAUCAAGGGAAAAACUGGCUUUACGCUGCGACCCGUGGCAGGGCUCCUUGCUGCGAGAGACUUCAUGAACGCUCUCGCCUUCCGCACGUUCUUCUCCACGCAGUACAUCCGCCACCACUCUGCUCCCCUGUACACGCCAGAGCCAGACAUAAUUCACGAGCUGUUAGGCCACGCCCCUCUGCUGGCGAACCCGGACUUUGCAGAGUUCUCACAGCUGCUGGGCCUCGCUUCCCUCGGGGCUUCAGAGGAAGACAUCGUGCGUCUGCAGCGCUGCUACUGGUUCUCCGUCGAGUUCGGACUUCUUCUCGAGUCGACGCAGUCUCAUGGCUUGACAGCUUAUGGAGCAGGCUUGCUUUCAUCCCCCGGGGAGCUCCAACAUGCCACUUCUCCCACAAACACCAGACUGGCGAUUCACCGCUGGAGCCCAGAAGAAGCUGCGCGCCAGCAGUUCCCCAUCACGACUUUCCAGCCGGUGCUCUACGCGGCAGAUAGCUUGAAGGACGCGCGCGAAAUUCUUCUGCAGUACAUCCAGAACCACAUUCACACGCCCUUCUCGACGCGAUUCGACAGCCAAACUGGCACGAUACAGGUUACGACAGACGUGCGCUCGAGACCUGUAUCGCUCAAGUUUUAG